AUGGGGCCGACACGCACACUCGAGUUUGUCCUCUACGACGCAAAGCGUCAGGCAUACACCGGAGACCACGCAAAGCGCGUCGUCAUGACCGCUCGCUCCCCUUCCCCAGUGUCCUCACCCGCUCCCAAAGCCGCCGUAAAGCGCGUCGCGCCCACACGCGUCUCCAUCUCCGCCUCGGCAGCGGCGCCCUCGGCCCAGACCCAGGACAAUAUCUCAGAUGAGGCCAGUGGGAGCAGCAGCAUGCUGCCCCCCUCACCCAAGGGAACGAGCGCGACGAGCGUCAGCGCAGGCAGCGCCAACGCAACUGUGAACGGCACCGCCGCGACCACCCCGUCGAGGAAGGGCAAGGAGCGCGAGGUGAACACCCCCGGAACAACGCCUGUUGCGAACGGCCAUGCCAACGGCCACGCCAACGGCGUGAAUGGUACACCCAACGGCACGCCCAAGUCCAACGCCGCUGCUACUCCCAAGACUACCCCAAAGACAGCGUCGGCCGCCAUGCCCAAGAAGGGCGAGCUGGACAUGACCUGGCCCGAGCCGUUUGCAAGUGCCAAGCGUGCCGCGGGACUGUAUAAUGGCUCAAUGGCGUGCUACACCAACGCGACCUUGCAGGUGUUGCUACACACCCCGCCAUUGCUGCGUGUGGCUGUCGGCCACAACCCGGGUGACUGUCUCCUCGCUGCCAGGAGCAAGUUCUGCAUGCUCUGUGCGAUCCGCAAGAUUGCCACCACGGAGCACUUUGCCGGCCAGAAGAGAGCGUACCGCCCUCUGGCAGUUCACAACAAUCUUGGACAAAUCAAGAAAGGCUUCUCGAAGAACCGUCAAGAGGACGCGCACGAGUUCUUCCGCUUUGUCACUGAUGCGCUCCAGAACACCGAGUUGGCUGGCAAGCCGAAGGACUACCCCGAGAAGGAAAAGCUCAAGACAUGGGUGUACAAGAUGUGGGGCGGCCGCCUGCGCUCUCGCGUGCUCUGCUUGACGUGCCGCAAGCCGUCAGACACGUUCGACUCUGUUCUCGACUUGUCGCUCGACGUUCCGGCCCGCUCCAAGACCAUUGACGACCUGUUCAAGGGAUUGGUUCACGAGGACCGUCUGGACGGCGACAACAAGUACAAUUGUGAAAACUGCAAGAAGAAGUCUGCUGCUACCAAGGCGAUGCGUAUCGCCGAGGCUCCCCCAGUCCUCACUCUUCACUUGAAGAGGUUUGGCUUCUCAUUCCAGAACCCUGGCCGCAUGACAAAGGUCAACAACCUCAUCGAUUACCCCCAAACCUUGGACAUUGCGCCGUACAUGACCGAGGGCCGCCAUGACGGUACCCAGUACCGCCUCUUUGCGGUCACUUGCCACCACGGAACGUCGCUGCACUACGGCCAUUACACGAGCUAUGUCCUCGGCCCCUCGGGAUCGUGGUACAGCGCAGAUGACGAGGACGUGUCUCCCGUCAAGCUCAGUACGGUUCUGCACGACCGCUCGGCCUAUUUGCUCAGCUACAUGCGCGUACCCCGUGGCGAAAAGCUGCCCAACGGCACUCCUUCUGCUGCAAGCCGCGCCGACGCCACCGCCGCGUCGUCCAGCACCGAAGUCUCCCCGGCUGGUCCCGCCGCCAAGCGCAGGCGCGGAGAGGAGAGCGUGCAAUCGUCGCCGAACAAGAAGAACGGUCGUCCUCCACUCGCAGCAGCGUACGGCUCCAACAAGGCUAACGGUGACUCGCCGGCACUUGCUCGCCUCGUGAACCAGUAUGCCUCGGACGACUCGGACGAGGACGCGCUGCCUGCCCCCCAUGCCAUUCGCGGCGACGCAUUCGCCUCUCCCAUCUCCCGCCCGUCCCACCCGUCCCCCGGAGCAGCAUUAAAGGGCAAGCACCACCGCGUUAACCACAAGCACGGAAUUGCGGGCCAUGGCGGUGGCAAGCACGGUGGUGGUGGUGGCAAGCAAGGCAAGCGCGGCGCGCCGAUGCCGUUUGCAGCUGGUUCGCUGAAGAGCAACAUGCGGGGCAAUGGUGGCGGUGGUGGAGGCAGGAAGAAGGGCAUGAAGAAGGCUAUGAGGGGUAGGAACCACUAG